UGGUGUUGAUCCAAAUCUACAAGACCGCAGAAGUUUGAACGAAUAGACGGGCUGUUAUAACAGUGAAGCCUUUCCAGAGCUUGUGAAGAAUUCCAAUCGUUUACUGAUCGAGUCUCUCCCUUCUAUCCCUCUACCACUUCACAAUGCCUCGCAAACAACCACGCAACCGACCACCCUCCCAACACGUCCUAACCGUCCCUACCGAUUACGAAACUGAUGAAGCCACCUUCUCUGAUGCAAUAAACAUGUCUGGUGCCCCUCGAGGACCUCUGACCACUUCCGCCCUAAACCUCGUGGUCAUCCGCCGACACAACCCCUCCAUUGUCUCUAUCCUCGCCAUCGCCCCAUACGCCGUCGUGUACACCUUCAACACCGCCUCCCAAGAAUGGGAGAAAUCCAACGUCGAAGGAUCAAUGUUCAUCGUCGCCCUGGAAGGAACCCCCGCCGCCCCCGAGCGAUUCGCCGUCAUGAUCCUCAACCGGCGCGGGCUAGAUAAUUUCUUCACCGAGCUGUUCAGCCCCGACGACGUGGAUGACACGGAGGAGUACAUCAUCCUGCAAACCGAGGCGCCCGACGGCGUGGGGAACCCCGGCGUGCCGAUCAUCUACGGUCUCUGGAUCUUCUCCGAGAGCGGCGGCGCCACGCAGAACGCGGUCAUCGACCGGGCCACGAUCGCGAAGCUCAUCGGCGAAUGCGCCGAGCGGACGAAGGAGAGCAGGAGAGUUGCGGCGGCCGCGGCGCCUCAAGUACCGGAAGAACACCAGCACCAUGUGCACGCCGAGAUCGCGCAGGCGGAAGCGAACCUGAACGAUUCCGAAGACCCGACCUCCGCGCCUAUGGGCCGGCAGAUCUCCCUCCGCCAACUCUUCGGCCACCAGAGAGAGGUGGACAGCGGCUGGAGCGUGCAUCACCACGAGACGAACAGCAACCCCCUGCAGCCUCCCACGCAAUCCUAUCAACAACCACCACCGCUAGCCGUGCCGCGGAACAAACCACCGACCGCCCAACAUCCUCCCGCACCCCCGUUUCCACACCACCAACCUCCGCAACCGACGGCGAACGCAUUAGAAGCGACGCGGAGCGAGAUGCAGUUUGCACCGACGCCGGAGAUGGAGUUCUUCCAGACGGCGAAACCGUUCACCCCGCCUGUGCCGCCGGCGAACGGGGCCGGGCCGACGCCGGGACAGGGGCAGCAGAACGCGUUGUUGGAUUUGUUCAAGAAUGCACAGGUGAGAAGGGAGUCGUCGGGAGGGUUCUAGGGAGGGGGAUUUCGGUUGUAUUCGCUUAGCGAGGAUGAUGUAUACCCCGAAUGGAGUUUCAGGCUGGGUUGAAACGGCGCAUGGGAUCGAAACGCUGUAUGAUUAGGUUAUGCAAGGACGCGUAGGACGGGCGGUUAUAUGAGAUGAGCUCAAUUUCGACGUGAAUGCAAAAGUAAUCA